AUGGGAGUGCGACGCGUUAUCCGCACGUGCAAGUUAAGAAAGUGUGUAAGGGUAGGCGAGGUAUCGGGCAUUCUAGCCGUGGACACCCACAAGUACAGUCAAGAAAAAAUGGACCCGGCAUCAUUGGAAAACAAAUUGCAAGAGCGCAUUUCUGCUUCCCAGCACGACAUGUUAGGCCAGCUCGAAACUAUGUUAAGUAGGAAACUGGACUCUUUCAGAACAGAAAUACAGGAUUCCCAACGUCAGUUAUCGGCAGACCAAAUCUCAAAAUUGGUGGAAUUAAACACUCAUUCUUAUUCGUUCAGACAUAAAGGCAACGAGGAGCAGUUCAAAGUUAACACCAAAGUUGUUGCUAAGUUGCAGGAGGCUCACUCUAGCAUAGUUGAACAGCAGGAUUUGGUUACGGCGGCCGACAAAAUAACCGAGGGUAUGAACAUUUUAAAGUACAGGCAGAAACUCAUAAGGUUAGCGGAUUCUUCUGAAACGGGGUGGAAAAUCGUAGCGGAGUAUGAGGCUAAUGAGCUGGCUGAGGAUUCAGACGAUGAAAAACAGAGGGCGGAAAUCAGGGCUCAAAGGAAAGUAAAGGCACAGAGACAAUCCAGGCAGAGGCGGUUCUCCCCGUACGGUGCCCCUCGACCACAGGGACCUGGAGACUUGUCACACAUGGACGCGACAAAACCGACGAUUCCGGCGCAUAACAGGAGGUCAGGACUAUGUUACUCUUGUGGAAAGCCAGGACACUGGAGGAUAGGGUGUCAGCAGCAGCAACGUAGCGUUGGACAGGGACCAGACAAGUAUUCAUGUUUUUCCUGA